UCAUGUUUACAUUACGUUCUCAAAGAAAAUAAAAUGAAAGGAAACUGAUAAACGAGCUAUGUUUGGCCUUAGUUAGCAGGCUGCUUGGUUUGAUAGUAUUCAAAAAUUUGUCGGUCUGUAAAGAGGUGCGUGCGGUUAAGCGAAACGUUCGUGCGGUCCACGAAGGUUUAAAAUAUUUCCCGAGCAAGUGUUUAAAAUUUAGGUGGAACAGACUACUGCGUGUUUUCCUGCCAUUGCUGUUUUAUGCAAUUAUUUAAUCACAAUGGAUCGCAAAUUUAUUAACGUUAUCCUACUAGGAUUUGGAUUUAUGUUCGUGUUUACAGCAUUCCAGACUAUGGGAAAUAUAGAGAAAACCAUAUUAGAAAGUAUAUCCCAAGACGACAGUUCGUUCACGGGCGAUGGCUACACGUCUCUGGCCAUCAUCUAUGCGACCCUAGCAGUAUGCAACUGGAUGGCGCCCUCCGUCAUCACCAUCACUGGCCCUCGGGGCGCUAUGAUCAUCGGAGGGGUCACAUAUUUGUUCUUUAUAGUGUCUUUCCUGUUUCCUCGCACAUGGCUCCUCUACGCGGCCAGCGUGAUGAUCGGCGCCGGCGCUGCCGCCAUCUGGACGGGUCAGGGAAACUAUCUCACUAUAAACAGCGACUCAGAAACUAUAUCCAGGAAUUCGGGAAUAUUCUGGGCUAUGCUACAGUGCAGCCUGUUCUUCGGCAACCUGUUCGUGUUCAUAAAAUUCCAAGGCAAGAGCCAUAUAGAUCUGGAGACCCGUAACGUGGUGUUCGGCGUGCUCAGCGCCCUCUGCGCCGUCGGGAUCGUGUUCCUGAUACUGCUGCGGCCGGUGCGACGCGUGCCGGAACUCGAUGCUAAGAAUCCACCAGAAGCAGAUGGUCCCCUGGAGGCUUUCAAAGGAGCGCUGAGGUUGUUCUGCACCAAAGACAUGAUGCUGCUCAGUGUUUGUUUUAUUUACACUGGCGUAGAGUUGUCGUUCUUCAGCGGGGUAUACAGCCCAAGCAUCGGUUUCACCACGGCCAUGGGGGAGAACGCCAAGCAACUUGUCGGUCUGUCUGGUGUGUUCAUCGGCUUGGGAGAGGUAUUGGGGGGCGCAUUAUUCGGCAUUUUGGGAAACAAGACGACCAGAUGGGGCCGCGACCCCAUCGUGAUCAUGGGCUACGUGAUCCACCUGAUCAGUUUCUUCCUCAUCUUCAUCAACCUGCCGGCCGAGGCCCCGUUCGGGGACACGGACCAGGUCUCCUACAUCACGCCCUCGGCGUACCUCGCGAUGUUCUGCAGCUUCCUGCUGGGCUUCGGAGACGCCUGCUUCAACACUCAGAUUUACUCCAUUUUGGGAGGGAACUAUCCUGAUAAUAGCACGUCGGCGUUUGCUCUGUUCAAAUUUACUCAGUCUCUAGCGGCGGCCGCAUGCUUCUUCUACUCGUCGAAGGCGCUGCUGACGGUGCAGCUGGCGGUGCUGGGCGUGCUGGCGUCGCUGGGCACGGCCACCUUCUGCCGCGUGGAGUGGCGCGCGCGGGCGCGGGCGCGCGCGGCCGCUCUCGACGCGCUCGACGACAAGCCGUCGCCCGCCACGCACGCGCUCGCGGACAACGCUCUGCAUUACGACUAGAGCAAGAAUACUUAUGGACUGACCGCGUUCUAAACUCGAAUACGGAAUUAAGUGAUUUUGGAAUUGGAGACUGCGAUCAUCUAGCUUAAAGGUAAAGUUGCCAGUCCAUAUUUGCUCCAUAUAAGCUCCCGUGCUGGUCUGGUAGCGAAGAAAAACAUAGUGUGCUAAUAGCUUCUUUUCCCGCGCAUAUUGUAAAAGUCAAUCAAAAAGGCUUCUAAACUUGAGAUUCUUCUUUAGGCGAUGGGCUAGCAACGUAUUACUAUCUGAAUCUUAAUUCUUUCAUUAAGCCAUCCAAUUCCUUGAAAUCUCUUCGAGACUAUGUCUACCCAAUAUGAGAUAAAGACGUAGUAUGUGUUGAUAACAAACUACAAAGUCUAGAAUUCUUAUCUUAAGCAGGUUGAUAGGAGACAUUUUAAAUGGUCUUAUGGUAAUCUGGCUUUGAAAGCAGCAAAACCCAGACAACAUCUGUUGUAUCAUGUACAACAGAUGUGAUUCUGUCUUCAAUUGUGUAGUGUGUAAGCAAAGCAACCAUAGCUAUUAUGUCCUUAUUGUAAAAUAUUAUUCAAUUACACUCCUUAAUGUGUAACUACAUAUGUAUAAUAUAAAGAUUAAAUAAUAGUAAAGAAGAAUCUAUACAUAGAUUUAAGGUAUGUAAUAAAUAAAAAUCUAGCAUAAUUCAUUCUUAAAGUUCAUAAAUUAAAUUAAAUAAUGUCAUUAAAAAUGUGUAACAAAAUGAUAAAAUUUGAAGAUGUAUGAAAGUAUUGACUGAUGUAUAUUGAGUGAGGAUUUCAAUAUACUUAUAUAUGUACAUUAAAAGUGGACUGAAAAAUAUGUGUGGCUAUUAACUAAAGUUAUUGCUUGUCAUUUACAUACUCUAUGAAACUAAUACGAAGUUAUUUCUAUAUUUGUUUAUAUAAAAGACUAUUUUUAUAUUGAAUUUAACUUAGUACCUAAAUGCAAUACAAUUUUUUGCAUAUAUCCUAUUUUAAGUAUUGAGAUACUGCAUAUAUAAAAAAGGUGCAUUGCUUAUGUCAUUGUGAUUAUUUGAACUACUUUUGUGAUUGCAUGUUUCAAAUUGAUGAUUACAGAUGGGAAAAUAGUGUUAUGGAAAUUAUUAUCCUAUAAAUUGUGUGAUAGCAGGCUAAGCCAGUAAGUCUGUUAUGCAUGACCAUUCAUUGUUAGUAUUUUUUUUUAUGAAAGUUUGCAUUAUGCAGAUUGCAACUCUUAUACUAAGACGAAUUGGAAAGCUAGUCAUUGAAAAAAGUUGACGAUUUUUGUUUUGUUUUUAUAUCAGUGAUAAAGAUAUAUUUUUAAAUUCAAAAAACAUUCCAUAUACAUAUAUAUCUAUUGUUAUUUUUAAAAAGAUGUUAUUUUCAUAUUAAUGUUGAAUAUUAACAUUUUUUAUAUAGUUUGAUAUAUUUGCCAUUAUUUAAGCCUAGCUUAAAUUUUAAAUAGUACACCUAUAGUUAAAUGAAAUUUACUAGAAUAAGUGAAUUGAUAUUAACAAUAAAAAAUUAAGUUAUA